GGGAACAUGCCAACAUUUAGGGAGGGGGAGAGGACGGAAGGAGGCAGUAGGGUACCAGGGACAUUUUUAGCUUUCAUUCCUUUAUUUUCCGUUUGUCAGUACCUGUCUUACACCUGAAGCAUGGGAGCUUCUGCCUAGGCCACCUGUGAUACCUGCCAGCCGCCCAGGCCAGCCCCAGCCAUGGCACAGAGGCUACAAAGUCGUCGCCUGCAGCACUUCCUCAACCGCUGGCCCGGCAGGAGGACCUUCGGCAUGUAUCGCUUCCUGCCGGCAUUCUUCCUCCUCGGCGCCGCCCUUGAGUUCUCCAUGAUCAACUGGCACUACGGACAGACCAAUUUUUAUCGCACCUUCAAGAGGAGACAAGCCUCGGAGAUCGCACUGAAGCAGCUGCAGCAAGAGGAGGCAUUCUGAAGGGAAGGGAGGAGUGAGGAUGCAGGAGGUGGAGGGAGGAGAACAGUGGAGAAGUUCAAGUGGAGGAGAGUGGAGUAUGAAGGCAGAGGAAGUGGAAGGAAGAGGAGGGAGAGAUGGGGAAGAGAAAAGAAGGUAAGAGGGAGAGAGAGGAGGACAGUAGUAGGAGGGUAAAGGAGGAGGAGGAGGAGGAGACUUUGAUGGAAACUUUAAAAAUGAUGUACAAAAUAAGUAAGAGACAGAAGAGCCUCUGAUUUCAUGCCAUGCAAUGAAAUGUAUAAAUAUGAUGUUACACGUUGAAUUUAAA